AUGGAAGUGGAACACAAUACAGGAAUAGAUAGACUUAAAUAAUAGGCAGAAGAUCAUAAAAAUAGAGGAAACGAUUAUUUUAAAAGAUCAUAAUACUCUAAUGCUGCAGAGGAAUAUGAAAAAGCUAUUGAACUUUGUCCAAAUGAACCGAAUUAUUAUGGUAAUAGGGCUGCUUGUUUCCUUCAAAUGAAAAAGUAUAAAAAAUGUUUAAAGGACUGUGAAAAGGCUCUAAGCUUAGACCCCAAUAAUGCUAAGUUUCUAAGAAGAAAGGCUUUGAGUUUGUAACAUUUGGGAUUGUUAACAGAGGCCAAGCCUAUUUUCGGGCAAAUUGUUAGUUUAGAUAAUAGUGAGUAAUCCAUCAAGGAACAUAAACAAAUUAACGAAUUAAUCUAUAAUCUGUAGUAGACACAACAGAAAUUGGAUGCCAAAUAAUAUAAAGAAGCUUUAUAUUAUAUGGAAAAAGUUGCAAAGGAAAUUCCAGAUGCUGUCGACAUUCAAAUUCUGAAUUGUGAAUGUUUAGCCAGAACAGGCAAUGCUAAUUAAGCUUAGGAAUAAUUAAGACUAAUUUAGGAGAAGUUUGGGACAAGGGCUGAAUCAUCUUAUUUAAAGGGUCUAAUAGAAUUAUAUGGAGGAAACCCAGAUAAAGCAAAAUCUAUCCUUUAAGAGGGAGUAAGACAAGAUUACAAUAACAAAAAAUGUUUAUUAGCUUUUCAAAUGGCUAAAGAUUCAGAUAAUUAUAAAUCUAAAGGAAAUGAUUGUUUAAAUUCAAAUAAAUUUAAUGAAGCUAUUGAUUAUUAUACCAAAGCGUUGGAAGUGGAUUCUAACAAUUUUAAAUUCAAUUCCAUAAUUUAUGCCAAUAGAGGAUUGGCUUAUUAGAAAUUGAAGGAUCAUAGAAAGGCAGUCGAUGAUUUUGAUAAAUCAAUUGAAUUGAAUGACCGAUACUUCAAAGCCUAUUUGAGAAGAGGAGAUUCAAGAUAAGAAUUAGGAGAUUUGGAUGGUGCAUAAGGUGACUAUUAGAAAGUGAUGGAGUUAGAUUAAGGAUCAAUAUAACAAAUGAGAUAGAAGAUAAAUGAUAUUACAAGAAAACAGAAACAAUUAUCGAAGAAAGAUUAUUAUAAAAUCUUAGAAGUUGACAAAAAUGCUUCAGAUACAGAUAUUAAGAAAGCAUAUAGAAAAUUAGCUUUGCAAUGGCAUCCAGAUAAAAAUAAAGAGAGUGAAGAAUAAAAAAAAUUAGCUGAUAAGAAAUUCAGAGAAAUCGCUGAGGCAUAUAGUGUGUUGAGUGAUAAAUAGAAAAGAUAGCAAUAUGAUAUGGGAGUAGAUCCAAAUGACCCAAUGGGAGGAGCAGGAGGAUUUGAAACAAAUAUUGAUCCCUCCCAAAUAUUCAAGAUGUUCUUUGGUAGUGAAGGAGGAGCAGACUUUGGUUUUGGGAACAUGGCAGGAGGAGAAUUUCCAGGAGGAUUUAAAACUGUUUUUACAACUAAUUUAGGAGGAAUGGGUUAGAACAUGAGAGGAGGACAAGGAUUUCCAUUUUAAUUUGGAGAUUUCUCAUAGUAAGGAGGAGCAGGAUUUUCUGGAUUUUCAUUUCCAGGGAUGCAAUUUACAUAAUAGCAACAAAGAAGAAAAUGAUUGAUAUUCUCUAUAUAAAUUAGUAUUUUAUAUAUAUUUAA